GGCCCAGCGCUGUCAGAGCGUUGCAUCACCUCUGGACGCCCGGCGGCGGCGUGGACGCGGCUCUUUCCUCGUGCGCCUGCACGGGGCCCUUUCAGGUACACCCCCGACCUGCUCGCAAGGUCGCCCCAGAAACAAAAUGGUUCAGCAAGUUCCAGAAAACAUCAAUUUUCCUGCUGAAGAAGAGAAAAUCUUAGAGUUCUGGUCUGAAUUUAACUGUUUUCAGGAAUGCUUAAAGCAAUCAAAACAUAAGCCGAAAUUUACGUUCUAUGAUGGGCCUCCUUUUGCAACUGGACUACCUCACUAUGGACAUAUACUUGCAGGGACAAUUAAAGAUAUAGUUACCAGAUAUGCUCACCAGAAUGGGUUUCAUGUUGAGAGAAGAUUUGGAUGGGAUUGUCAUGGCUUACCUGUGGAAUAUGAAAUUGAUAAGACACUGGGAAUCAGAGGACCAGAGGAUGUAGCCAAAAUGGGGAUUGUAGAAUAUAACAAUCAGUGCCGAGCAAUUGUGAUGAGAUAUUCUACUGAGUGGAAGUCCACUGUUACGAGACUUGGCCGAUGGAUUGACUUUGACAAUGACUACAAAACUCUGUAUCCACAAUUCAUGGAAUCUGUCUGGUGGGUCUUCAAGCAGCUCUAUGAUAAAGGCCUUGUGUAUAGAGGUGUGAAAGUCAUGCCUUUCUCCACCGCAUGCAACACUCCACUGUCCAACUUCGAAUCUCACCAGAACUACAAGGAUGUUCAAGACCCUUCAGUGUUUGUAACUUUCCCUUUGGAGGAAGAUGAAAAUGUGUCUUUGGUGGCUUGGACAACCACUCCCUGGACUCUACCUAGUAACCUUGCCCUGUGUGUUAAUCCAGACAUGCAGUACGUGAAGAUUAAAGAUGUUGUCAGAGGAAAAUUACUCAUUUUAAUGGAAGCCAGAUUAUCAGCCCUCUAUAAGUUGGAGAGUGACUAUGAGAUCCUUGAAAGAUUUCCUGGUACCUGUCUCAAAGGCAAGAAGUAUAGGCCCCUGUUUGACUAUUUUGUGCAGUGCAAGGGGAGUGGCGCCUUCACGGUACUUGCUGACAGCUACGUGCGGGAGGAGGAGGGCACAGGAGUGGUGCACCAGGCUCCUUACUUCGGUGCUGACGACUAUCGGGUCUGUAUGGACUUCAACAUCAUUCAGAAAGACUCUCCUCCCGUUUGCCCUGUGGAUGCUUCAGGCUGUUUCACGGCAGAAGUGACAGAUUUCACGGGACAGUAUGUGAAGGAUGCUGACAAAAACAUCAUCAGGACUCUGAAGGAGAAAGGCCGACUUCUUGUUUCCAGCACCUUCACUCACAGUUACCCCUUCUGCUGGAGGUCAGACACUCCCCUGAUUUACAAAGCCGUGCCCAGCUGGUUCGUGCGGGUGGAGCACAUGGUGGACCAGCUCCUGCGGAACAAUGACCUGUGUUACUGGGUCCCAGAGUUUGUGCGAGAAAAGCGAUUUGGAAAUUGGCUGAAAGAUGCACGUGACUGGGCGAUUUCCAGAAAUAGAUACUGGGGUACCCCCAUCCCCCUGUGGGUCAGCGAUGACUUUGAGGAGGUAGUAUGCAUUGGAUCGAUGGCAGAACUUGAAGAGCUGUCGGGGGCAAAGAUCUCUGAUCUUCACAGAGAGAGCAUUGAUCAUCUGACCAUCCCUUCCCGCUGUGGGAAGGGAGUAUUGCGUCGCAUCUCUGAAGUGUUUGACUGUUGGUUCGAGAGCGGCAGCAUGCCCUAUGCUCAAGUUCAUUAUCCGUUUGAAAACAAGAGGGAGUUUGAUGAUGCAUUUCCUGCAGACUUCAUUGCUGAAGGCAUUGACCAGACCAGAGGAUGGUUUUACACCCUGCUGGUGCUGGCCACUGCUCUUUUUGGACAGCCGCCUUUCAGGAACGUGAUUGUGAACGGGCUCGUCCUGGCAAGUGAUGGUCAAAAAAUGAGCAAACGAAAAAAGAAUUAUCCGGAUCCACUUUCCAUCAUCCAUAAAUAUGGUGCCGACGCCCUCAGACUGUAUCUGAUCAACUCCCCUGUGGUGAGAGCAGAAAACCUUCGAUUUAAGGAGGAGGGUGUGCGUGAUGUCUUGAAGGAUGUGCUGCUCCCUUGGUACAACGCCUACCGCUUCUUCAUCCAGAACAUCCUGAGGCUGCAGAAGGAGGAAGGAACGGAAUUCCUCUACAACGAGAACACAGUUAAAGAAAGUGCCAACAUCACAGACCGGUGGGUCCUGUCCUUCAUGCAGUCACUGGUUGGGUUCUUCGAGACUGAAAUGGCAGCUUACAGGCUCUACACGGUGGUGCCUCGCCUGGUCAAGUUUGUGGAUGUCCUAACCAACUGGUACGUCAGGAUGAACCGCAGGAGGCUGAAGGGUGAAAACGGGGUGGAGGACUGCGUUACGGCCCUGGAGACCUUGUUCAGCGUCCUGCUGUCCCUGUGCAGACUGAUGGAAGCAUUUCCCCAGCUCACUGAUGCGGUUUCUGAGGUGUGGGGACAUGGGGUCAUGGUUGCAGCUCCUGUUGUUACUGCAGACUUCUUCUGGGUGCUUCAGGACUCUGGCUCUACCCGCUGCCGCUACAGUGCAGGGGUGCAUCCUGCCAGGGCCCCCUAUACGCCUUUUCUCACCGAAUUGAUGUACCAGAAUCUAAAGCUGCUGAUCGACCCUGUUUCUGUCCAGGACAAGGACACACACAGCAUCCACUACCUCAUGCUGCCCCAUGUUCGGGAGGAGCUGAUUGACAAGAACACGGAGAGAGCCGUUUCUCGGAUGCAGUCUGUGAUUGAACUUGGGCGAGUGAUUCGAGACCGCAAAACCAUUCCGAUAAAGUAUCCUUUGAAAGAAAUUGUGGUUAUCCAUCGGGAUCUAGAAGCUCUUCGUGAGAUCAAGUCUUUGGAGAAGUAUAUCAUUGAGGAAUUGAACGUCCGAAAGGUCACGCUGUCUACGGAUAAAAACAAGUAUGGCAUUCGUCUAAGGGCAGAGCCUGAUCACAUGGUCCUGGGGAAGCGUCUGAAGGGAGCCUUCCGGGCAGUGAUGACGUCCAUCAAGCAGCUGAGCAGUGAGGAGCUGGAGCGCUUCCAGGAGAGCGGGACCAUUGUCGUAGAAGGCCAUGAGCUACAUGAAGAGGACAUCCGCCUCAUGUACACAUUUGAUCAGACAACAGGAGGGACAAUGCAGUAUGAAGCACACUCAGAUGCCCAGGUUUUGGUUCUCUUAGAUGUCACUCCCGACCAGUCAAUGGUGGAUGAAGGAGUGGCUCGGGAGGUCAUCAAUCGCAUCCAGAAACUUCGCAAAAAGUGCAAUCUGGUCCCAACUGAUGAAAUAACAGUUUAUUAUAAAGCAAAGUCUGAAGGGAAUUAUCUGAAUAAUGUUAUCGAAAGCCACACAGAGUUCAUAUUUGCCACCAUAAAGGCUCCCUUGAAACCGUAUCCAGUUCCAACGUCAGAUAAAGUCCUUAUUCAAGAAGAAACACAGUUAAAGGGUUCUGACCUGGAAAUUACAAUCACCAGAGGAUCAUCCCUGCCUGGUCCUGCUUGUGCAUAUGUCAAUCUUAACAUUUGUACAAAUGGCAGCGAGCAAGGUGGAGUAUUACUUCUGGAAAAUCCAAAAGGUGAUAACAGGUUGGACCUUUUAAAGCUGAAGAAUGUUAUCACUAGUAUUUUUGGCGUGAAAGAUACCGACCUGGCUGUCCUCCGUGGUGCCGCAGAAAUACGAAACCAGACUGACUUACUGAGUCUCAGUGGGAAAACCCUUCGCGUGGCAGCGGGGUCUGCCCCCGCUGUGGUGGACGGCCCCGGCACUGCACUCUGCCGCUACAUCAACCUGCAGCUCCUGAACGCAGGCCCACAAGAGUGUGUAAAGGGAACAGUGGGCACACUCCUUCUGGAAAACCCCCCCGGGCAGAACGGACUCACCCACCAGGGCCUUCUGUAUGAGACAGCCAAGGUGUUUGGUCUUCGCAGCAGGAAGCUCAAGCUGUUUCUGAAUGAGGCUCAGACACACGAAAUUACAGAAGAAAUCCCCAUGAAGACUUUGAACAUGAAGACUGUGUAUGUUUCUGUAUUACCCAUGACGGCGGAAUUCUAACAUCAGAUUCCACGUGACGGAGUCCUUCCCGCACCGCACGCCUGUCCCCUACACACACGGAAGGGGUUUCCUUCAGGGGCACAUAGGAUUUGCUGCUUUGGGUUCACAGUUGGAAUGGGGGUGAUUCCUCAGGGCACUUGAUGCCUCACAGUAAUACUUACACGUAACCCGGAGCUCCCGCACAGCCACAGGGAGGGCAGGCUGCACCUCUGCUCACUUCUACACUUGCACAACGUGGAAGUGAUUUCAGUGGCAGAUUUAUAUAUCAUUCUGUGGCCUUUUCAGACUUGUUUGAGAUGUCUUGAAGGUAUGUGUUAAAUAUUUCUGCUACCUGGAUUUUCCUGGGUAAUUUAAUGGAAUAUUUGAAGUUUAAGUAAAUUAGAACAAUAAAUAAAUUUUCUCUCAGAUAA